UAAAGAUGUGCUGAACUGAACAUAAAAGUAUGUGCACCCCCGACAAUCACAUCCAUAUGUGCUUGUUGAGCGUCCCGUUCCAGAUUUAUUCCUGUUUUGUUGUUAUAAUGCACUCCACUCUUCUGGGAAGGCUUUCCACGAGAUAUUGGAUCGUGGCUGUGGGAAUUUGUGUUCACAAGAGCGUUAGUGUGGUCAGGCGCUGAUGUUGGGAUGUCGAUGAGGUUCCAGUUCAUCCCAGAGGUGUUCAGUGUGGUUGGGGCACUCGAGUUCUUCCAUCCUUAACACACCACGUCUUCAUGGAGCUCGCUUUGUGCACAGGGCCAUCGUCAUGCUGGAACAGUGUUUCAGGUUCCAUUGAAGGGAAACUGUAUGUACAACUGUGUGCUUCCAACUUUGUGGUAACAGUUGGAACGGUACACACCACAUACUGGUGUGAUGGUCAGGGGGUGCACAUACUUUUGGCCAUGUAGAUUUUCUCAACUAGAAAUAAUGGAAACGUGUAUAAUAGAUUCUAGAGGAGGCGGGAUCUGUCAGUCAGAGAGCUGGCCAAUGGUAUCGCUCCAAUCACCGUUGCGCCCAGGUUUGUGCCCAAUCACAGCGCUCUUUCCACCUGCCUGUCACUGUGAAACGCAGCCAAUAGCCUGCGCCGAGAGGCGGGACAUGGAAGCGGACCGGUCGCCUGGUUGCAUCCUUCCGUGAUGCUGCUGUUUCUGCUCUGGCGUAUUUUUCAUGACCCAUUUUAAUUCCGGAGUUUUCGGAGAGCCCCAGAUAGGGACGGGAUCGACGUUUUAUCUGCGGAAGAGCCGUAAACAGGGCGGAAAUCGGGCCGAAGGACGGCGCUGAGGGGCCGGCGGGGCCCGGGCUCGCUCCGGCCUGAUGCGGAUGGAUGGUGCGCCGCGGCCCUGUAACCUCACUUAACGCUGUCGCGCGCCUUUAAACCCGGAUUUCAUCAUCCGUGUGGAUCCGUUUCAAACAAUCCGUCUCCAAAUCCGGACUGUUGGAGAGAAAAUCAAGCCGGUGACCAGCGCUUGGUCUCCCAGUCAUGGGCAACACGCCGGCCGCCAGGAGGGGAAACGAGAUGGAAAGCGUUAAAGAAUUCUUGGCCCUCGCCAGGGAAGACUUCCUCAGGAAAUGGGAGAAUCCUGCUCAGAAUACAGCAUCUCUGGACCAGUUUGAUUUGCUGAAGACUCUGGGAACAGGCUCGUUUGGCCGCGUGAUGCUCGUCAGGCACCGGGAGAACGGCCAGCACUACGCCAUGAAAAUCCUCAACAAGCAGAAGGUGGUGAAGUUGAAGCAGAUUGAACACACUCUGAAUGAGAAACGCAUCCUGCAGGCAGUCAGUUUUCCUUUCCUAGUACAACUUGAGUACUCCUUUAAGGAUAACACUAAUCUGUAUAUGGUGAUGGAGUAUGUUCAGGGAGGAGAGAUGUUUUCACACCUGCGAAGGAUUGGCAGGUUCAGUGAACCUCAUGCUCGGUUUUAUGCAUCUCAGAUAGUUCUGACGUUUGAGUAUCUUCACGCUCUGGAUCUCAUCUACAGAGAUCUGAAACCAGAAAACCUCCUCAUCGACCAGCAGGGAUACAUACAGGUGACAGACUUUGGCUUUGCAAAGCGUGUUAAAGGUCGCACAUGGACGCUGUGUGGUACGCCCGAGUAUCUGGCUCCGGAGAUCAUCCUGAGUAAAGGUUAUAAUAAAGCGGUAGACUGGUGGGCUCUGGGUGUGCUGGUGUACGAGAUGGCAGCCGGGUAUCCUCCGUUCUUCGCAGAUCAGCCGAUCCACAUCUACGAGAAGAUCGUCUCAGGAAAGGUGCGCUUUCCCUCACACUUCAGCUCAGAUUUGAAGGAGCUCCUGCGCAACCUGCUGCAGGUCGACCUCACCAAGCGCUACGGCAACCUGAAGAACGGCGUCAACGACAUCAAGGGCCACAAGUGGUUCUCUACCACUGACUGGAUCGCCAUCUACCAGAGGAGGGUGGAGGCUCCAUUUAUCCCCAAGUGCAGGGGUCCAGGGGACACCAGCAACUUCGACGACUAUGAGGAAGAGGAGAUCCGAGUGUCCCUCACCGAGAAGUGCGGAAAAGAGUUCGCCGAGUUCUAGCACGUCUGAGUGAGAUGAGCGAGCAAGAAUUAGCAUGAUGGAUGUUUUUUUUUUUCCUGUGUGUAGAAUCAGCGCAAGCAGCUAAAAGGAGUACAGCGACGAGCCGGAAGGACAGACACCGUUGCCUUCGCCAUCCCGCUUCCUCGUCCACGUUCAUCACGUUUAUUCUUAAUCAUUUAUUUCUGUCUCCAUGCGGUUCGUCACGGCGACAGGGACACGUUCGACGAGUCCUCACCUCAGGAGCGCUCGACUCCGCCCGGCAUCUCCGCCACAGACUGUUGCACAAUAAGUGACACGUUUUGAUGCUUGUUUCUUUUAGGCCUGUGUGUUGCUGUACUGUUUUAAUGCAUUGAAAGGAUGACGGUGAGAAAAAGCCAUGAUUCUAUAAUGUUUAUAGUAUCGAGUAUAGAGCUUAUUACGAUAUUAUUAUUAUUAUUAUUAUUAUUAUUAUCAUUCCCUGGAUCUGCCUGCGUCUCGACAUGCCGCACUGAUCAGUCUCUGAAGUGUCACGUAUGAAAAACGUGCCAUCAGAUCAGAGCUCAUUGACAGAGCUUGGUGGUUGUUUAGUCGGAUUAACGGUUCUGACACGUCUGUUGAAGUCCAGGAGCGUGUGCACUCUGCGCCCUUUAACAUGUGGAGAGGUGACGGAGAAAAGGACCUGACAUGACACUUUCAUUUACACCUUUGAUGUUGUUAUUUUCCCUGAAGGGAUUUGCGUUUUGUUUUUGGUUUUUUUGUUCGUGAACAGCUGUUUCAGCGCUGCUGGAUUUUUUCAGGACGUUAAAAUCAGUUUCCAGUUUCGAUUCUUCGGCUCUGUAACCCGAUUCUAUAAACCGCGUGUAAAUCCGAUACGCCGUAUUGCUCAGAAAACGAACGAAAGCGUUUUAUUUGUACGUACUACGAGUUGUGAAACUCACCAACGUAGUCCAUUUCUGCUGUAUUCGCAUCACAAAGACACAUUCGUGCUGUUUUAGGCUGCUCCCACACUUUAUUUUAAAAAAUGUAUUAAAAAAAAAAAACGCAUCACAAUUCAAAAACCAAAUGGAACACAAAUCACCGGAUCAUGGCUCGGUAUCGGUAUCAUGUACAGUUGGAAAUACAAUGGUAUCUGAAUGAGCAAAAAUACAGGAAAGUAACUGGCCAGAGCGUCUUUCGUGCUGAUAUGAAUAAGCGAAUCACGUAAUACGCACACGUUCUUAGCAGUCCUAGCUAAUGGUGGCUAACUAGCCUAGCGUGCUCUCUAGAUUAGAUUUUCUUUAUUAUCAGUAAUGCAGACGGAAUACAGAUCGGUGUGAAUCUGGAGAUGAGGACGUCGUUUGCCUUUACUGUAGCUUUGAAGGCAAAAAUUCAAGAGAAUCUCUUCAUAUUCCUUAAACUGGUCCCCUGAUCGGUCUCGCAUUGGGCGCUUGAUGUCACAAAAAAAUACCAAAGGCAGCUCUUUUUUCUUUUCUUUUUUUUUUCUUUUUUUUUUUUUUAAGAGUCUUUGAAUUCUGCCUGCCUUUUGACGGAUUCCAUAUAAAACAUGCACUGACGCAUUGAGAUGAAAGAGUGUGAAAGCAGCCUAAUUGAUUUACUUAUUAAGCAAUAUUUUGAAAGGAAUUGUGUAACGCUGCAGGCUAUCAACGUUCAAAAAAGAAAACGGUGAAUGGCAAUCAGAUCAGUGUCACCAAUCACAGCUCAGGUGAGCUCGUGUAUGAAGAAUUAGCUCUGUCCUCGACUUGGUCCUCGUCUUAGCUUGAUGAACCCGUUAGUCCUCACCAUCGCGGAUUGACUGGUAACUGGAGUCUCAGUGGCAAUUUGCUAUGAAAAUUCAAUUGUGCUGUUUGUGCCUUUUAGAAGAAACUUUUGUGCUAUUUUACGUCUUCACUUUAAGCAGUAGCACGUUUGUUUUGAAGCUGCAGUGUCACUCUUCAGUAUUUUGGUGCAACUGGAGUGUCGUGUUGACGGUUUGGUGAACGGUGUGACUCGGUUUUUUUUUUUAAAGUUCUGCAUAACAAAUUGAGAAAUCACAGAGCACAGACGUCUCGACGCUAGCACAACGCUAACGAGUGUUAACGGACGAGGCUGUUCCGUCGCGAAAGGGACUUUGUUGUUGUUGUUGUUGCGCCGAGCGACGUUGCGGGUCAUCGUUUGUAAUGGAAAACCACACACUGGAACGGUAAACUUUGUUCGCUUUCUAAAGGUGUUUUUACAUGGAAACUUUUAAGGGUUCGUUUUUAACCAGGUAACCUGCUAGUUUUAAGCAGGGUUUAGAAACGGCUCAAACGCAGCACAAACAGAUUGCUCAUUUAUUUGUUUUCUCUUAAUAUACUAAACUGCUGUAGUGAGGGGUAAAAAUAACAAAAAACAAAACAAAAACAAAAGCAUGACUGACUUGAAGAUCCACAGAACCAAUUAUCCUCAGGUUAUCCACACUAACCCAACAGCAUCCCGCUCGGGUCUGUCUGCAGAUCACAGAGCACCGCAGGUGUAUGGUUUCAUGGUGUAUUUAUGGAAAUUUGGGUAUCGGUGAUUUUUUAUGUGAGCAACACUGAGCGGGCCAUAGCGGUGAAAGUGGGCGUGUCUAAUAAAAAGCCGUCAAAAAUCCAUUUUUCUUGGUCUGCUAGAUAACGAACUAACCUGACUGGAUUUCCGACAGGAAUUUUACACCGUAUUCAUAAACGUUCAUAGAACAUCUGAGAGAACCUUUGAAUGAAAUCAUUUCAGCUAAUUUCUUUUAUUCUGCACGCCACUCGUAUGGGUUUAAUGACACGCCCAGCGGUCUGCAGACAGAUCUUCCUCCGUGAGCAGGAAUGUGUGGCAGGUGAAAUGAGCUGUAGAUUAGAAGAGAAAGGUCUUGAUGGUGCGCUUAGUAUUUGUUGUGUUAUUUACAUUCAGGGGCCCAAGCGAAGCCAUUUGACUUGCAUUUGAAUGAUUGUGAGAGGACAAGUCCAAUGUCAUGCCAAAAUGAACAAUCUUUCUACAGUUUCAUUUUGAACCCUGACUCUCCUGAGCCCGAGCCCGCUGGCUUGCAUCUUUCUUCCCUUUUUUUAAGACUUCAUGAACCAUUUCCUUAGGUAAAGUCUGUUCUUCCUCGGCAGACGGGUAAAGUGAAACUGGCUUCUUUCGGGUGUCCAGGAUUUUGUAAUACUCAAGUCUGUUAACUCUCCAGGUUCCACAGCGUCAUUUACCGACUGAAGACACGGCGGAGUGCUCUGGUGACAUUUUGCACCACAAGAAUCAUUCCAAUAAAGUUUUACUUGUGUAAAUACAUUUGUGAUGCCUUUUAAUUUGUUUUCAUAGAAGGACCUAUAAGGUGAGUUCAUAUAGAUUGGGACAGUUUAUUUAUUUUUUUUAUUUCCACCUUGUCGGAGCUGUCUUCCCAUUAAUAAAUAACUUUUUUUU